AUGCGAUGUCGUUCACUGCAGGUCAUGGAAGCAAGGAUGCAGUGGUCAGACCGGGCCUCCCAGCGGCUGCCACGGCAUCUCUCAGUCCCGAAGGCCACACUUUGGGCGGCGCCUCCGGCCGGGACGUUUGAACUUUGGCGACACAGGCUGCGAGCACCUCGCCGGCGGUUUGGGCAAGCUGACUUGGCUCUCCAGAAUCUCCGUCGGCCGAGCAGCCACGGAGGAAGUUCCGUGGAACUUGCCAGUCCAAAGGCCGCCUUCGGCCAACGGGCCCAGCUUGAGGUCUUGGAGGCAUCCUCAGAUGCCGGUGCUGUCGUGUCUACUAGGUGCGCAGGUGAUGCGGCAACUGGCAGAUCUCUGAAUGGCCCGGAGGCUGAGCUGGAGACGCUGGGGCCGCUGAACGUUGAACUGCGAUGA